AUGUCAAUACCGUUAAGAGAUGGUUUAGCUAAUCAAUCGCUAGAACAUGUAUUGGAAGAUUUAUUAGUUAGAUUUGUUGUAAAUUUACCAGAUGAAGAUUUAUCAUCUAUUGAAAGAUUAAUGUUCCCGGUUGAAGAAGCUCAAUGGUUUUAUACAGAUUAUGUGCGGUCAUUAAAUCCAGAAUUACCUCCAAUGAAAAUGAAACCUUUUUCAUCAAAAUUAUUAGAAAAAUGUCCUUUAAUUUGGAAAUGGGGUGAUCCACAAGAAGCGUUAUCAAAAUUUGGUAAAUAUAAAUCAACUAUACCUGUCAGAGGAGUUGCUUUAUUAAAUUCAGAUUUAACUAAAAUUGUUUUAGUUAAAGGUACAGAAUCAAAUUCUUGGUCAUUUCCUCGCGGUAAAAUAUCAAAAGAUGAGUCGGAUAUAGAUUGUGCCAUAAGAGAAGUUGCAGAAGAAACUGGGUUUAAUUGUCGAGAGUUAAUUAACGAGCAAGAUUCUUAUGAAAGAACAAUUAGAGGGAAAAAUUAUAAAAUAUAUUUUGUUAAAAAUGUAAGUGAAGAUACAGAAUUUAUUGCACCAAAAUAUGAAAUUCAAAAAAUUAAAUGGUUUGAUGUUAAAAGCAUAAAUCGCAAUAAAAGAGAUUUAUUUUUAGUUGAUAUUUUUUAUAAACCAAUGAUGAAAUGGAUUAAUCAGACAAAAGGCUUAAUUAAUGAACAAGAACUAAUAUUACAAAUUGAAUCAAAAUUGAAAAAUUUAAUGGGUUUGAAUAAACCAAAAGAAAAUGAAGAUGCUGGAAGAGAAUUAUUAAACAUUUUAAGUUCAAAAUCAAGUAAUAUCGAUCAAAGUAUGAACAAUAUAAACCAUAAUUUACAUAAUUUCAGUCAGAAUUUUGGUCAUCAAAUUUAUAAUCAACCACUACCAAUUGCCAAUCUUCCAUUUGCUCAACCAAUAAGUAAUCAUCCAUUUGCUAAUCCGUAUGCAAAUGUGAGAACUUCACAAGAUUUCCUUAACAUUUUAACAACAAAGUCAGAAAAGAAGAAAGAACCAACUACAGUUCAACCAAAAUCAAAAAUAUUAAACUCUAAAGCUCAAGAAUUGAUGAGUAUAUUUAUGAAGAAAAAUUCGCCGCAGUCACAAUCCUCAGAAGAACCUCAAGAAUUACCAACACAACAACCACAACAAGCAAAUCCAAUCGAAAAGCUUCAACAACAUCAACCACAGCCAUCAAAUCUAACUGAAAAGUUUCAACAUCAACCACAACCAUCAAAUCCGAUUGAACAGUUCCAACAACAACAACAACAACAACAACAACAACAACAACCGCAACCGCAACCGUCAAACCCAAUUGAAAAACUUCAUCAAACUAUAGCAAUGCAGCAACAACCACAACAACCACAAGGUAAAAUCAAAUUAUUAAAAAGAGAAGCACCAUUACCAUCUCAAUCAUCAUCGUCACCUUCUCAACAACAACAACCAAGUUUUUUACAACAAUUAUCAGCAGCUAGUCAUCGUCAGCAAUCACCAACACAACAUCAACUAGCUCCAAUACUUAACCUUCAAUCAAAACCGGAACUGUCUUCAUCAUCAUCUUCUUCAGCUAAUCAAUUGUUAAGCUUAUUGAAGAAGAAAGAGCAGCACCCAGCUGUACAGCCAGUAGUAGAGAAACCAAGUUAUAAUGAAGAUGAAUUUGAAGAUUUUGAAGAAUUUUAG